AUAAAAGCCGGUUUAACAGCUGACAUAUCUGUUGUUAAUCUGCACCAUCAUCGCCACGCGGAGGAAGCAGACAUGGACACAGUAUCCUACCUCAUCAGUCUGACCUUCUUGUCACUUGUUUCGGCGUAUUGGGAAACGACGGAACCAAUAACCGAACACGUCACAGCAGGAACCACCGGUUACACCGCAGGGAGCAUUCAAGAUAUAACAACGGUCGCCUACGAUUCGUCUCCGGGGGGAGCAAUUACAAUUGACAAAGGAACCUCUUUUCGACUGGAUGGAAAUCGGCUUGAGGUACACCACAACGGCAGAUGGGGCACCGUUUGUGAUGACGGCUUUACUCCGGAGACAACUCGUAUCAUUUGUAAAAGCAUUUACGGAGAGUGGCCGUCCUACCAAAGGUUUUAUAACCAACAAUCCAGCGGACAAAGCACUAUCUCGCCUCCAUACCAAAUAUGGUUGGACCAGUUGCAAUGUAGGGAUACUUUGUAUUAUGGAAUCAUGUGCAGCGCCAAUAACUGGGGAGUAAACGACUGUUCACACGACGAAGACGUGUUUAUUGAAUGUCAAUUUGCAGACCAUUACGAGAUGACAACGGUCGCCUACGAUUCGUCUCCGGGGGGAGCAAUUACAAUUGACAAAGGAACCUCUUUUCGACUGGAUGGAAAUCGGCUUGAGGUACACCACAACGGCAGAUGGGGCACCGUUUGUGAUGACGGCUUUACUCCGGAGACAACUCGUAUCAUUUGUAAAAGCAUUUACGGAGAGUGGCCGUCCUACCAAAGGUUUUAUAACCAACAAUCCAGCGGACAAAGCACUAUCUCGCCUCCAUACCAAAUAUGGUUGGACCAGUUGCAAUGUAGGGAUACUUUGUAUUAUGGAAUCACGUGCAGCGCCAAUCACUGGGGGGAUAACGACUGUUCUCACCAUGAAGACGUGUUUAUUGAAUGUCAAUUUUCAAACCAUUACGAAUAUACCACCGAGUAUAAUACAGCAACAGCUGCUAUGAAUUCUGCGGCACCGCACUACUCCUCGGAUAUGUACGUCAGUUCCAUAACAGUCGGGUGUGAUCCUGGGGCUUGGAAUAUCAUGAUAUAUCUGCCCGAUCUUUACAAACGUCAUAGUGACUUUGAUCCAUCCGAUAUUUAUCUUGGUCGGCCUGGUUGCCAGGGUUACCGAUACGGUAACUACCUGAGAAUUGAUCAACAGUACAGCAACUGUGACACAUACCACUUUAUGACCACCAACACAGUAGAAUAUACCAACACACUUGUGUAUGCGUACAGAGACGCCAACUACAAGUUCAUCAUCAGAGACUACCGCUUCAGGAUUGACGUGCACUGUGACAUGGCCACGCAUGAGACAGUAUCACAACACUUCAUACAGACGCACAAUCAGGUGCGCAUGCGCAGUAGUAACCCUCAGAUUUCCAAUACCGGCCAUUACAACAUCCGUAUGGCAUUCUACAGGGACUCGGGCUAUCAACAGCAGAUUUACGGUAAUCCUCUGACGGUCCACAUCAGGGAGGACAUCUACGUCAGCGUGACCACGCCCCUCUCAGACUAUGACGUCAAGAUGAGCGUCGAGACCUGUUACACGCUCCCCUCCCCGGGCGCCGGGGACAAGCUCAAACUGUACCUGAUCAAAAACGGAUGUACCAGUGACGUCAGCGCCCAUAUCAUAUACCGGUCCUCUCACGAGACUAGGUUCGUCUUCCGCGACUUUGAGUACUCCGUCGAUCAGGAUAAUCUGUACUUGUUCUGCACGGCUAAAUUUUGUAACGUAACUGACUAUUCGUCCGCCUGUGACCAAUCAUGUCACAGGAUCAAAAGAGAGACGGUCCAAUCAGCGUCCGAGGCUCAUGUUAAACGAGCGGAGACCUCCGAUGUUCUCAGGUUGUCUAAAGGGCGCUCGAGACGUGACGUAAGAAACCUAGAGGACACGGAAACAUCUGGUCAUGCGCAGUACAUAAGUGUAGAUGACCAUCUAUUUAUAGCAGUAAUUGUAAGCGCGGUAGGCAUUUCAAUGAUCGCUAUUUUUGUAGCUAUUCGACGUUACCGGAAACCGAGGUCAAAACCCAUCGACACCAUCUAAGUUCUCAAACCGGAACCGGAUGUUGAUUAAACAAUAUUACCCACGAAUUGUUUACCAAAGGCGAUGACUUCCAUUAGGGACAUCACAAAAUGUGUUUUGAUGGAAGAAAUCCUAAAACUAUAUAUAUAUAUAUGUAUAAACAUUUGACUUCGAUUUUGAUUCAAACGUAUAUCGACAAAUAUAAAUUCACAUACGGAUAAGGCAAAAGUUGACAGUAGUACCCUAUCCAGACAAGCUUGCCUUAAUACGUCGUUUACGGGAUGCCAGUUUCUGAAACUUAAGUCACGUGAUUUGGUGAUCACGUAGUACAUAAAGGUGUAUACUUCCGGUAUAAAGGCAAACCUAGUAAGCUAAUUUCAUCGAAGUGUAAGAUUGGUAAUUUUGUCGAAAAUGGCUGAAAUAUCUACAGACUAGUGCCCUAUCGUCUGAUACGCAGUAUUUUUGUUUCAAAUGCUGUCAGGUUAUCGCUGUUUACCGGAAGUGUGUAUGUCCCCCAUCACGUGAAACGCAUAUCUAAAACCCGGUGGAAUCCGGUGAGAAAAAAGUAUCUCGAAAACGAUCUAUUAUAUACAUCAAUUCACCAAAAUAAUUAAAGUGGUUUUUUGCUAAUUUCGAAUUCAUAGACAUUAAAUUAUAACAUUAUACCUUAUGAAAGCUAUACAUAUCUAUAAAUAGUAUGUCAAUCAAACCACAGAAAUAGUAUUUAAAUUUGUCUUUGAAAUUGAUAAAAAUUGUAUAAUUAAUGAUUUUUGAAUUAAUAUAUUUGUACAUUGAUAA